AUGGAACCUGUCAACAAAUCAGGAAAACGGAGACGAGGGGAAUGUAGAAAUCGGAAGGUGACCCACAAAGCUCCCCCAGAGGGGCAGAUGUUUCCAGAUGUUGGGAGCCAAGAGGCGUUGGAUCAGUAUGGCAGUGUGAACAGACAUGGUCUUUCAGAGCUGCACAUGGCCUGCCUUUACGGUCAGAUGGCUACCGUUCAGCUGCUGGUGGAGUCCACUGGGGGGGUCAACAGCAGCGAUAAUCAGGGUCGCCGGCCUGUUCACAUAGUCCUGUCCCCCCAGAGCUCACCCAACACCGCCUUGUGCCUCAUUUACCUGCUGGAGCACGGGGCUGACAUCAACACUACCACAGUUUCAGGGGAGACCCCGCUGCACCUGGCCGCCGCUGAAGGCCUCCUGAGCUGCACAGAGACCCUCAUGCAGGCCGGAGCAGAUGCGCUGGCCCGGGACAGCAUGGGACAAACUCCUCUGGAUUCGGCCCGCAUCUGGUGCCACAGGGAGGUGGCAAGGUAUCUGAAAAGCUGCAUGUGGCAAACUGAUAAGAAGAAAGAAAUGCAGGAGAGGAAGCUGGGUCAAACUUUAUACAUUGAUCUCAUGGAUAUGGUCAAAUUAAAUAAAAUCAAUAAAAAGACAGUUAUAGAUGAGAAGAUGACAGAGUGGGCGAACCAAAAAGGUCUUCCUCUCCUGAAGGAAUUUUCCCCGAAAGUCUUGGUGAGCCAGUACCACACCCAGUGCCUUAGUUCUGAUCCAAAACACCAACCAGGAGGUCCUUUGGAGGACAAAAACAUCCCCACUAAGCAACCUCCAGCCUCCUCCCGUAGACCCUGGACCAUCUUCUCGGGCCUCCAGCCAGAGAAGCCCCUCAGGGAGCCGGACCUCCGGGAUAAAGUGACAGUGCUGGGGGGCAGCCGGCAGCCUCAGUACACCACCCAGUGGGACAGCAGGCGCCACCCCGCCCCCGACCUGCCUCUGGAUGUCCUCCAGAGGGUGUUGUUCCCCAGAGCCUUCCCUUCCAGGAUCCCCUCCCCACGGUACUUUGAGCCAAAGGACAUUGUGGAGGUCCAGCACAGAGGAUACCCCCAGGGGCGGAGCACCUCCCCCUGGACAGAGGUGGCCAUGCACUUGGCUGAAGUGCUGGAGCCCGGACAUUACUGAACAUCAC